GGUCGAGCCUGGCCCGGGUGGCCAGAGGCGCGUGGCUGGACGGCGGUGGUCUCUGCCCGGUGCCCGUGAGGGCGGGUGGAGGCCGAGGCGGCCGGCGCGGGGAUGUCCAGGAGCUCCAAGGUGGUGCUGGGCCUCUCGGUGCUGCUGACGGCGGCCACGGUGACCGGGGUGCACCUGAAGCAGCAGUGGGACCAGCAGAGGCUGCGUGACGGAGUGAUCCGAGACAUCGAGAGGCAGAACCGGAAAAAAGAAAACAUUCGUCUUCUGAGAGAGCAGAUUAUUUUGACUGAGCAACUUGAAGCAGAGAGACAGAAGAUUUUGCUGGACCAAGGCUCUAAGGAAACGUGAUCUGAAGCAA